AUGUCCUCAAUUUUCAGUAGAUCUGCUAGUUUGGCACACCUUGACUCUCAAACCGUGACCUCACUUAAUGAACUCAAAUUGGAAACAAGAAAAAAUUACCGAAAAACCACAACAGAAAAUGUGUUUAGUCAUCCUUCGUAUAGAGAAAUGAUAGCAGAUAUCGUUAGAGCCAAAGAAGAAGUAACCGAAAGAAAACUUGCCCAACGACGUGCACAAGAAGAAGAAAUCAGACGAAAAGAAGAAGAGGAACGAAUUCAAGCAGAAGAAUUAAGGAAAGAAUUAGCAAAAGUCAAAGUUCCAGUGAAUAAUAGAAAAAAUCUAUUUUCAAACAGAAUGCAAUCGAGAAAAGAUAGUCAGGAUUUCACUCCUCUCAUCAUUUCUAAAAAUGUUGAAUCUCUUGAUUUGAUAAAAGUUUCGUCCAAUUCAAGUAAGAUUAUUCUCAGAGAAAGACCAAGAAGAAACACAACACCUGUACCCUUACAAUCGAAUACAGAGAAUGAAUCAGCAGCGCCAAUAACUCCUCCAUCUCCAGGUGAUUUCAAAUAA